UCUCUCUCUCCAGCUCUGGAUACUUAUUAAAGAGAGUUCUUGGGGCUGCAGGAGUACAAUGCAUCGCUCACACCAAGGAAUAGAGCCAGAAUCUCAGUCCCAGCCCUUGGUCCACUCUUUGGCUCCUGUCAAAAGUUCACGUCAACCAACCGCAAGUAAGCACUCACCGCUGUGCAAGUUCGAGGCAGCCAUGACGGCUUUCAAAGGGAUCUGGACACAGCAAUUCUGGAGAGCAGUAUCUGGGGAGUUCCUAGCAACACUCAUCUUUGUCCUUCUCGGCCUAGGCUCCACAAUUGGCUGGGACAAUGAAAGCAGACCAUUGGACAUUGUCCUCAUUUCUCUCUGUUUUGGACUCAGCAUCGCCACCAUGGUACAGUGCUUUGGUCACAUCAGUGGAGGACACAUUAACCCUGUGGUGACUGCUGCCAUGGUGUGCACCCGGAAGCUAAGCCUGGCCAAGGGAUUCUUCUACAUCGUUGGGCAAUGUCUCGGUGCCAUCGCAGGAGCAGGAAUCCUCUACCUGAUCACACCAUCAGAUGUUGCGGGGGGGCUGGGAGUUACCAUGAUAAAUGGGAAAAUAUCAGCAGGAAAUGGUCUGGUGGUUGAACUGUUUAUAACAUUCCAGCUGGUGUUCACCAUCUUUGCCACGUGUGACUCCAAACGUGAUGACCUCAAGGGCUCAGCAGCUUUGGCAAUUGGUUUCUCCGUAGUCAUUGGGCACUUGUUCGCUAUUAACUACACAGGAGCCAGUAUGAAUCCCGCUCGAUCAUUUGGACCCGCAGUUAUCACAGGAAGAUGGGAAAAUCACUGGGUGUACUGGUUGGGCCCAAUGAUUGGUGGGCUUAUUGCUGCUGCACUCUACGAGUAUCUGCUCUGCCCAGAUAAAGAACUGAAGGACCAUUUUAAGGAUAUUUUUAAGCCCACGCAGCAUUCUGGGGACAAGUACACAGGGACGGAAGACAACAGGAGCCAGGCCAUUGAGUAUGAGGACAUGGUAAUCAAACCUGGGAGUUCUGACGUUAUGGACAUCGAUAAGGAUGAAGAGAAGAAGGAGAAAGAUACUACAAAUGAACUCCUGUCAUCUGUAUGACUAGCAAAGGGCACUGAAAACAGAGCAGAGGCAUGUGAAAUGUUGGGUGUUAGUGUCAUUCCAAUAAAGGAAACAGAUUUGCUGUAAGUGCAUGGUACUGUGUACCCACCACCACCCCCACCCCUUGGCAACUACAACAGCAAUUAUUCCAUCAUAAGGACAAUAAAAUUAGCUUUAGAAUAGUUCAGGAAGGUGCAUUUGAGGCUGCACGAAAUGGUGAAGCACUGUUUGAGCUUGUUAUUAAAUCGAUUCCCUUUCAUAAACUUCACUAAGACACUUGUAGAGAAGCUUACUUAGAAAAACACUGUCACGAUGGAAGUCCUCAAAGGAUUACUUGUCAAAGGGCGUUGCUAAGAGUACUACCAGGAAGUCUGCAGCAGUGAAAAAUCCACCUGAGAGUGUUCAGGCGCAACAAAAUAAGCUGUGGAAAAAAAAACAUAGUUAGUCAGGUGGCAAUAAAUGGUUUCGGAUUUAGUCAGCCGGUGGAAGUCUUUCCCAACCUAAUACGUGAUGUGGUUUCAUGUCCACUGAAUGUUUGAAUACCCUGCUGGACCUGGAAAUGUAACGAUGCAAGAAAUUGUGCCUUGCAUCAGCAGACACACAGGCCUCUGUGCUUUCAGUGUUUCACCUAUAUGUAUUGUCAUAAGUAUUUUUUUCCAAAAUGGGUUAUUUGCAGUGCGUAAGAUUGCAUUCUUUAAUAGUACCACAUUAUGUAAUCGUAGGACUAAUAUUGUGAUAUUAAGAGUAAGCCUCAAGUUGAAAAUUCUGACUAUUGUGUUCGGAUCCCUCCGUGGUCUAUUCCCUCCCAUCCCUGAAACUUCAACAGCACCUUCCAAAUCCACAACCACUACCACCUAGAAGGACAAGGGCAGCAGACACGUGG